AUGACUAAUAGUAAAGGAAGAUCUGUUCCUAAUAAAACGAGUGGUGGUCCGAGCAGCGGAGGAGGUUUUGUAGACUGGACUUCCAGCUUACACACAGUGCAAUCGGAUAAGUUUCUAAACUUACUGUCGAGUAUGGUUCCAGUCAUUUACCAGAAAAACCCGGAAGACAGGCACAAAAAGGCCAACGGCCUUUGGCCAGAGGGAUUAUCAGCUGCGGGACAGACGUUUGGUACCAGGUCUGAGCCACAUGUGGAGUACCACAGAGUCUCGGAGCCGUCUUUCCAUGGCAACAACGGGCACACGCCCUCGAGCUACAGCCCGAAGUACGACGACUAUGCCAACUACAAUUACUGUGACGCCGGGGAGGCUUCCGAGACCACGGCCAUGCUGCAGGCCGAGGAGCGGCCCAGCGACGGCGAGGAAGACGUCAUUCUGGAGGCGAACCCGAAGCUCCCCAAGGAGUCCAGCGGCAUCAUGGCCCUGCAGAUCCUGGUGCCGUUCCUGCUGGCCGGCUUCGGGACCGUUUCUGCCGGCAUGGUUCUGGACAUAGUCCAGCACUGGGAGGUGUUCAAAAAAGUAACAGAAGUUUUCAUUUUAGUUCCUGCACUACUUGGUCUCAAAGGGAACUUGGAAAUGACAUUGGCAUCUAGACUAUCCACUGCAGUAAAUGUUGGGAAGAUGGAUUCACCCAUUGAAAAGUGGAACCUAAUAAUUGGCAACUUGGCUUUAAAACAGGUUCAAGCCACAGUGGUCGGUUUUCUAGCAGCCGUGGCGGCGGUUAUAUUGGGCUGGAUUCCGGAAGGGAAAUACUACCUUGAUCACUCCAUACUGCUGUGCUCCAGCAGCGUAGCAACUGCCUUCAUCGCCUCUCUCCUGCAGGGAAUAAUCAUGGUUGGGGUUAUCGUUGGCUCAAAGAAGACUGGUAUAAAUCCUGAUAAUGUUGCCACACCCAUCGCUGCUAGUUUUGGUGACCUUAUAACUCUUGCCAUAUUGGCUUGGAUAAGCCAGGGUUUGUACUCCUGUCUUGAGAAUUAUUACUACAUCUCUCCAUUAGUUGGUGUCUUUUUCUUGGCUUUAACUCCUAUCUGGAUUAUUGUAGCAGCCAAACAUCCAGCCACGAGGACAGUGCUCCACUCGGGCUGGGAGCCUGUCAUAACAGCUAUGGUUAUAAGUAGCAUUGGAGGCCUUAUUCUGGACACAACUGUAUCCGAUCCAAACUUGGUUGGAAUUGUUGUUUACACACCAGUUAUUAAUGGGAUUGGUGGCAAUUUGGUGGCCAUCCAGGCGAGCAGGAUUUCUACAUACCUCCACUUGCACAGCAUCCCAGGAGAACUGCCUGAUGAGCGCAAAGGCUGCUACUACCCAUUUAGGACGUUUUUUGGGUCAGGAGUAAAUCACAAGUCUGCUCAAGUUCUCCUGCUUUUAGUGAUUCCCGGACACUUAAUUUUCCUCUACACAAUCCAUCUGAUGAAAAGUGGCCACACUUCUCUAACUGUAAUCUUCGUAGUAGUAUACUUAUUUGCUGCUGUGUUACAGGUGUUCACCUUGCUGUGGAUCGCUGACUGGAUGGUCCGUCAUUUCUGGAGGAAGGGAAAGGACCCCGACAGUUUCUCCAUCCCCUACCUAACGGCUCUGGGGGAUCUGCUCGGGACAGCGUUACUAGCCUUAAGUUUUCAUUUUCUUUGGCUUAUUGGAGAUCGAGAUGGAGAUGUCGGAGACUAA